CGAAAAGAGCCUUCCCGCGCAUAUUCAAAACAAACGACGACGGCCAAAGAAAACACGACGAGAAUAACCGCCAUUUGCAACCGAUUUUGACACGGACAGGAGUAGAAUAACCACCCUCGAUACCCUAGGGCACCAAGUAGCCACGCCGUCUGCGCAUCUCAUGAGCCCUCCAGAAAAGUAAUCUCGCGACAUUUCCCCUACCCUCGACAUGGUGUCAGGACAGACUGCGGGCCUGAGGUCACGUAAGGUCGACGUGAAGAAAGCCCUCCUAGUCUACCGCUACCAUGAGGUUCCCGACCUGGACGAGUCAUCCUCUCUCAACAGGGCCAUACUACAAGUUGCUACUGGUGUAGAGAAGGAGGAGGAAGAGGAGCACCAUCUUCAGGCCGCCUUGAUCGCCAAUCAAACGGGCCGUAUUCACGAGCAGGUUAUCAUCCCAACACCCGAUGCCUCCAGAGUCAUUAGCGAUUACAGUCGCUUUUACUCUAGUACAUUUCAUCAACCGCCGUCACUCAUUCGGUUUUCGACUGGGAUAGAAGAUGUCAUCGGCUGUCCUUACAAUUUGGACGAGGUGGAUGAUACUUUCCUUUCGGAACAUCGACAAAAGAUUGACGAUGGGGAAUUGCCACCGGAAGCAGAGCUGGAUGAAGCUCAGUUUGAAAAUAUUAUGUGGGCACUGGAGCUUGCUGGGGAUGAUAAGGUGUCUGGCGAGCCACCGACGUUGGAAGAGUGCCAACGCUUCAUUAGCCGGGAGGAGCCGAGUCUAAUGGCACAAACAGCAGCUAUCUCUGCGGUAUAUCCACAUUGGAGACAUCGCCGCUAUGUUGUGCGGGGCGGGCAAGCAGUCCAACCAAAGCUAAAGCUUUCUGAAGAUUGGUUGUUGAAACCAGACAAUGACCCGUACGUCUGCUUUAGGCGACGAGAAGUCAAGACUCUUCGACGACCGCGACGGACGGACACCCAUUCUCUGGAAAAACUUCGUCGUCUUCGAGACGAAAUGAACCGGGCCAAGCAAAUUCUCGAGAUGAUCACAAAUCGGGAAGCGGCCAGGAAGGAGAGCAUCGUACUGGAGCAUUUGAUAUUCGAACAAAGAGUUCUUGUUCGACGACUCAAAAAGAAACUUGGUAUUGUAACAUCCGAGAAGGAAAGCGAUGUCAGUCCGGACGUGCGUCGUAAAAAGCUGAAGGGGGUUGACUCUCGAGACGAACCUGUCAAGAAGAUACGGAUACCUCCGGCCGCUAUCAGGUCAGCUGCGCAAAUGGUGCAGGCCAUCGAAAGUAAGCUGCAUGAGUCUGGUGCCGACUAUGAUUCGUCAACACCUGAAGGAAAAGCUCGCCGAAAAAAGGUGGUGGAAGAGGGUCAAGGAUGGGCGGAUAUCACAGAGAACCCAUACCGUCCACCACGAAGAAGUCAAGCGGCACGUUACUGGCGGCGCGAUCUGCAAGCAUUACUUUUCCACAGCGAUGCCUCCUCAGAUGAAGAAGAAAGUUGCAUCCGGGUAGCAUAUGGUCGACGACGUUUGGGGAGAGGCGGGCGCAUUUUACUGGAUCGACAUGUGAAGCAGAAGGCGUGGAUGUCCCAUGCAGGUGGGAAGACGCUUCCAAUGGGUGUUCGUCUUCGACAUCGGAAACUACAGCAACUGGUCGCCGAGGUUGAAGCCUUGGGAGCUUCUGCCCAACGUUGGCGAUUUGACAAUAGCGACGAUGAAGUUGAUGAAGAGUCUGUCGUGGAUCUGGAUGAUAGUGCAAGCGCAAUUGCAUAUCGGGUAUUUAACAUUGGCCCGAAGGGAGAAGAUGAGAUUCUUUCUCUGAUGAAUCGACCCGCGCACCCAAAGCAAAUUGCACCACAACCGCUUACAGCUGCACAGCGUGCUGAGGAAGUACCACCACCACCACCUCAAGUCGUACGAACUCAGUCUGUACCGUUGCCAGGCUCCGCUGUUGGUGCAAUGGGCGUAAAUGGACUGGCCAAGAAGCGGCUCACUAAGGUCGGUGAUCCAGCGGCGAAGCCGCCAAGUGUCAACGCACAGAAGAAGAAAGCGCAAGAACAGUUGGAUCCCAAGCAAACGAUCAUUAAAGCCAUGAUGCAGCAAGCUCAACGCCAAGCGCAGCAAACACAACAGCAUUACGCGCAAAUACAAGCCGCCCAGCAGGCCGCGCUUGCUCAACAGCAACAGCAGAUGCACAUGGCAUCGGCCAAUGGCGGAACACCGGUGCCUUCCAGCGCAGCCGUAGGGCUUGCCGCGUCAACCGUGUCCGCUUCCACCGUUUCCCCGAUUCCGAGUGCCACGAGCUUACCAAAUGGUAAUAUGGGAACGCCUUUGAUGGCUCCGACUACCUCUGUUACAGCGGCGACAAAUGUGCAGGCCUCUCCGUCACCAAGGCUCGCCACGUCAUUUGCCACCGGUACAAACAUGAUGGGUCAAGGAUCGGUAUCCUUGGCAAAUCAUCCCGGUAUGCAAGGGACGACUGUACAACAGGUUGUCGCAAACAACCUCAAUGCCGCAGUUCUCAACAACCAGGCCAAGCAGCAGCACCUGCAGCAGCAGCUGCGCCUGCAACAACAAUACCGCCUACUUCAGCAGCAACAGAUCGCGCAGCAGCAACAGCAGCAACGCCAACAACAGCAAACCCAACAACAGCCAGCACUACAGCAGACUCAACAGCAGCCACAGCAACAGCAACAACAGGCGUCCAACCUCACUCCCGGACUUAUAUCACCCACUCCCAACGGCUUCACCGCGCAGCAGCUCUUUUACUAUCAACAUCUGAACAGUCCAAUGAGUCCCAUCACUAUUCAACAGCAAGCCAGAGCCCAAGUGGCAAUGCAAACGAGUCUCAGGAUGGGAGGGCUUAAUCAAGCCACCCUCGGAGCGAUUCAGAAUACACAGCUUACCCCUGCUCAGGUUCAAGCAUACUUGGCCCAGCAGCAGCAACAACACCAGCAACAGCAACAACAACAAAGCCAUCUAUCGCCCGGGUCCAUCAGCCUUCAACAGCAUCUUUUGAAUCAGCAAAAACUCAAGGCGGUGGCAGCCGGUGCUCUGCCAACGGUCUCAGAUGCAGGAAUCAACGGCGUGCCUGCUGCCAAUGGUAUCGCAGGGAUCAACGGGAUUGCCUAUAACACGUCAAUGAGCGCUGCCCAGUCCGCCAGUCAAGGUACGGACAACACAUCAGGCGUAGCCAACUCUCCGGCCCAACUGCACCAGCUUGCGAAAGCAGGCACCUCUGUUCCUGGCACGCCAACGACGUCAACGGUCAUCCAAGGGGUGCCACCGAAUACUGAUAGCGCCAAUCCGAGCGACAAGGAGAACGGUCCAACACCUGUCAUUGGUUCCGGACAUCCUGGUCUAUCACCUCAUUUGCCAGCGACAAAAACAGCGGCUUGACGAGCAUUAUCGGCGCUCGUCAAAGCAAAAUCGAUUGGCGGCCAUGAGGACUUCCGUGAUUCAUUUGAGUGGAGCUUGUCGGUGGAUGUUUUGUUGAUAGGGCUCUCCAGUACAUUUUGUUUUUUUCUUCUGCUGUGUUCUUCCAUUGUAUUUAUUGAUUCGAAGACCUCGACAGUGCACGUUGUUCCUUGAAUGUUUUUCUUUGAAUGUGCAUCUUGUUGAGGUUUGUGUUUGUUCAUUUGUUGUAUGUUGUUCUGUUUUUGUGAAAGCAAGAGAAUACCCCGCUGUGUAUCAUAUCCGUUACGACUGUGCCUUUGCAUUCCGGAUUCGCUCAGUGUGCAUUGUAUACAUGAGAAUUUCGAUUCUAAAUUAUUAUUAUAUACCCGUUUGUCCUAUCUAUGGUUUUUCUCUAAUAUAUUGACCCUCCUAG